GUAGGGGUGUGGCUGCAGGUUGGGGCUCCCGCCCCGCCGGCUGCGCGGGUUCGCCGAACCCGGAGGAGGGAGCGCUAGCUACCCCGAGCGGGAGGGAGCUUGCAGACUCCGGCUCAGAGCAGCUGUCUGGACACCUUGGGUUUUGGGGUGGGGAGCCCCGGCGACUGUGAACAUGGACUCCGCCGCUGGAGCCUGUCUCAGGAUGCUCUUUCUUUUGUCUGCCCAGCCCUGGAGUACAUUAGCAGCAGGGAAUACUUAUAGCGGUGACGCUCCUCUGGCGUCUGCCCUGGCCCGGGCUUCCUUCAGCAGCUCCUCAGAGCGGUCCAGCAGCCACGGCCCUGGCUUCGCAAGCCUUAAUCGCAGAGACGGAGCUGGUGGCUGGUCUCCCCUGGUGUCAAAUAAAUACCAGUGGCUGCAGAUUGACCUUGGAGAAAGAAUGGAGGUCACAGCUGUGGCCACCCAGGGAGGAUACGGGAGCUCCGACUGGGUGACCAGCUACCUCCUGAUGUUCAGCGAUGGCGGGAGGAACUGGAAGCAAUAUCGACGAGAGGAAAGCAUCUGGGCGCUGGCAAUCACCAUUUUACUGGCUUUAUAAAUUUGAAUAGAUACCUCAUAUAAGUGGAAUCAUAUAAUUUUUGUUGUUUUGUAACUAGCUUAUUUCACUUAAUGUUUUCAAGGGUCAUCCAUUCUGUGGCAUGUGUCAGAAUUUCCUUCAUUUUAAGGCUGAAUAAUAUUCCACUGUAUGUAUAUCCCAGAUUUUUUUAAUCCAUUCAUCUGUUGGUAGAUAUUUGGAUUGUUUCCACCUUUUGGCUAUGGUGGAUAAUGUUGCUGUGAACAUGAGUGUACAGAUAUCUCCUUGAGACCCUUCUUUCAACUUUUUUGGAUAUAUACCCAGAAGUGAAAUGGCUGGAUCAUAUGGUAAUUCUAUUUUUAAUUUUUUGAAGAACUGCCAUAACGGUCUUGCAAGUGGCUGCACUGUUUUACACUCCUACCAGCAGUGCACGAAGUUUCCUAUAUAUCCUUGCCGACACAUCUUAUUUUCCAUUAAAAAAAAAAAUAGCCAAU